AUGAGCUCGUCCCGCUCGGCGCCGGCGGACCUCGCGUCCUUGCGCGACCGCUCUCGCCAGGCAUACCUACAGAAGCGCUCUGCCCAGCAGGUCGAGCUCCUGCGCCGUGAGAUCGCCGAUGAAGAGGCGUUCUUCCAGGGCGUGCGCCUAUCGAAGCGUGAGGAGCGCGAGCUUGCCCACAAGCGCGAGCUCCUGCGCCUCGCCGAAGAGUACGAGGCGCUCGAUGACCGCGAAGAGGGCUACGUGCUUCCCGAAGACUACCUGACCGAGCAGGGGCGCAUGGACCGCGGCCGCAAGCAUGACGCGCUGCAUGCGCGGCGCCACGACCACGGCCGCCGCGGCCCCCGGCCGGCGGAGGGCGAUGCCUUUGAAAAAGAGCAGAUAGCGCGCUCGCAGCUGCUCGACGCGCCAGAGCGCGGCACGGACGGCUUCGACUUUGUGUUCGAUGAGGCACAGGCCAUCCAGUUCAUCAUGGACCACAAGGACGCGCCGCCCAGCCUCUCGGCGGAGGAGGAGGCGCUGCAGCACCAGCUGCACGAGGCGGAGGCGCGCGCAGACUCGAUCGAUGCGACGCGGCGUGCGCUCCCGGUGUACGCGCUGCGCGAGGAGCUGCUCGAUGCGAUCGCGCAGCACCAGGUCCUGAUUGUCGUCGGCGAGACGGGCUCGGGCAAGACGACGCAGCUGCCACAGUUCUUGCACGAGGCCGGCUAUACACGGGAUGGCCAAAAGGUGGCGUGCACGCAGCCGCGCCGCGUGGCGGCGAUGAGCGUCGCGGCCCGCGUCGCCGAGGAGAUGGGCGUGCGGCUCGGCGCCGAGUGCGGGUACAGCAUCCGCUUCGAAGACUGCACGUCCGAGUCCACGGUGCUCCAGUACAUGACGGACGGCAUGCUCCUGCGCGAGUUCCUCACCAACCCCGACCUCGGCUCGUAUGCAGCGAUCAUGAUCGACGAGGCACACGAGCGCACGCUCAGCACGGAUAUGCUGUUCGGCCUCGUCAAGGACAUUGCGCGCUUUCGCCCUGAUCUGAAGCUGAUCAUCUCGAGCGCGACGCUUGAUGCGGACAAGUUCAGCGCGUUCUUCGACGACGCGCCGAUCUUUUACGUGCCGGGCCGCCGCUUCCCGGUGGACAUUCACUACACGCCGCAGCCCGAGGCCAACUACCUGCACGCGGCGAUCACGACCGUGUUCCAGAUCCACACGACGCAGCCGAAGGGCGAUAUCCUCGUCUUCCUUACCGGGCAGGACGAGAUCGAUGUGGCGAUGGACAAUCUGCAGGCGACGGCGCGCGCGCUCGGCAGCCGCAUGGCCGAGCUGAUCGUGUGUCCGAUCUACGCGAACCUGCCGAGCGACCUGCAGGCGCGCAUCUUCGAGCCGACGCCGCCCGGUGCGCGCAAGGUCGUGCUCGCGACGAACAUUGCCGAGACUAGCAUCACGAUCGACGGCAUCUCGUUCGUGAUUGACCCCGGCUUUGUGAAGCAAAACUCGUACAAUCCACGCACGGGCAUGGCCGCGCUGACCGUCGUGCCGUGCUCGCGUGCGUCUGCGAAUCAGCGCGCGGGGCGCGCCGGUCGCGUAGGCCCGGGCAAGUGCUUCCGGCUGUUUACCAAGUGGGCGUUCCAGAACGAGAUGGACGAGAACACCGUGCCCGAGAUCCAGCGCACGAACCUCGCCAACGUCGUGCUCCUGCUUAAGUCGGUGGGCGUGCACGACCUGCUGCACUUUGACUUUCUUGAUCCGCCGCCGACCGAUACGCUCAUUCGAGCACUGGAGCUGCUGUAUGCGCUGGGCGCUCUCAACGACCGGGGAGAGCUGACCAAGCUCGGGCGGCGUAUGGCCGAGUUCCCGGUCGAUCCGAUGAUGAGCAAGGCUAUCCUCGCGAGCGAAGAGUACCAUUGCACGGAGGAAGUGCUCUCGAUUGUGUCAAUGCUUGCGGAGAGCAGCUCGCUGUUUAUACGGCCCAAAGACAAGAAACUCGAGGCAGAUCGCGCGCGGCAGGCGUUUGUGCGGCCGGGCGGCGACCCCCUGAUGCUCCUGCACAUCUGGGACCUGUGGGUCGAGAGUGGGUACAGCCAGGUAUUCUGCCUGGACAACUUUUUGCAGCCCAAGACGCUGGGGCGUGUGCGCGACGUGCGCGACCAGCUGCGGCGCCUGUGCGAGCGCGUGGAACUGGUGCCCGAGUCACUGCCCGACACGACGGACCUCUCUGGCGUGCAGAUCGCGCUGACCGCCGGCUACUUCAUGAACACGGCCGUGCUCCAGCGAGGCGGCGAGACGUACCGCAGCAUCAAGCAAAACACGUCCGUGUACGUGCAUCCGUCCUCGAGCCUGUACAAGCAUGUGCCGCCGCCGCGCUACCUGUGCUACUACGAGCUCGUCGAGACGUCCAAGCACUUUAUGCGGCAGGUUAUGGAGAUCCGCCCCGCGUGGCUCUCGCUCGUGGCGCCUCACUACUUCUCCGCAGACGAUGUGCGUGACGACACACAGCAGAAGCGCAUGCGGCGCAGCGCAGGCGCGCCGCCUUCGGCGCACCGGCGUGAGACGGAGGCGUAG